AUGAGCAGUUCUCUUUAUGGCAAUGGUGAUGCCAAUAACUCGUUUGGGAUUCCAGUGAACGCGGGCAACGUAGGCUCACCAGGAGCACCAGUUAAUGCACAACAAUUGCAGCAGCAGCGAAAUUCCAAACAACGUAUGCUUCUCCAGCAGAGGGCUUUGCAACAGCAGAAACAUCAGCAGGCUAUGCAGAACUAUGAAUCUCAGUUCUACCAAUUGUUAAUGACUUUGAACAAAAAACCAAAGCGAAUUUAUAAUUUCGUUGAAGAUACCGAUCAGACUUUGAAGAAAUACGAGCAGUAUAGACCCAGUUUUGAGUUUCAUAUUUAUGAGAAUAAUUAUAAGAUCAGUGCUCCCGCAAAUACGCGACUGCAACAGCAGCAAAAGGCGCCCGAAUUGACUAGUGAUGGAUUGAUCCUUAACAAAAACAAUGCCGUGCUAAAGAAUUUCUUAGAGUAUGUUGCCAGGGGAAAGAUCCCAGAGUCUAUUACUGAGGUACUCCGAGAUUGUAAUAUCCAAUUUUAUGAAGGAAACCUUAUUCUUCAAGUUUAUGAUCAUACAAACACCGUUGAUGUAGUGUCGAAUGAUCAAAAUGUACAAUCGCCACAGCCUAGAAAUGGCUCUUUGCCAACAAAACAGCAGGAUUCUGAUGUCAAUACUGUAGAAUCACAAUCAUCAUCUGAUACCACAGACCCGAAGAAAAUUAGGUCAACGACUUUCAAGAGGCCCAGGGUAUAUCGUACUCUUCUCAAGCCAAAUGACUUGACCCACUAUUACGAUAUGAUGUCGUACGCGGAUCAUACUAGAUUCUCCGAUAGCAUAUACCAACAAUUGGAAUCCGAAAUCUUAUCGCUCACAAAGCGCAAUCUAAUGCUUGAUGUACCUCUGAAUCCGUAUGAACAUAGAAAUAUACUAGAACCAGAAUCGUUUGCCAGUCCUCAUUAUGACAACAAAUCUAACUCCUUUGUACAUAAGCAUCGAAAGGAGUGCAAGGAACCUGGUACAAAAGGAGCUGUCGGUCACAUUGAAGAGCAUGAAGAAUUACCGCAGAAUAGUUCUAAUUACGAGCAAAUGAUGCUGAUUAUGAGCGAGCGUACCACGACCUCUACUAAUGCGACUUUCGCAGCCUCACUAACUAAGAACGCCAUGCAGGCAGAAGCUUCACAGUCAAAAUUGAAUAUUGGACGUAAUUCUUCCCCCACUUCAGUAAGUGGUAAAUCCGGAAGUCGUAACCCAUCGACAAGUCGAAAUCAAGUGGCAAUCGCUGCUGCAGCUGCUGCGGCUGCUGCAGGGUUAACGGUAGGGAAUGAAAAUAACCAGUUCAGUAGACUAAAAUUCAUUGAACAAUGGAGACUCAACAAAGAAAAACGAAAACAGCAAGCACUGAAUAAUAAUAUUGCCCCCAAUUCAUUCAAUAAUGUGAUAUCAAUGGCCGCACCUUUAACACCACAACAGCAAUUACUGCAGCAGCAGCAAGCGAUGGAACGCGCUGAUCAACGACAAGGCUACCAAGCGGACCAGGGAGUUGGCCAACAAGCACAAGGUGCUAAGAAGCGCAUGAAUAGUGAAAAGCCAAAACCAAAGAGACCUCGCAAGACUAAAAAAGCUGAUGGUCCUGAAGCACCUCCCAAGAAAAAACGAGUCACUAAGAAGAAAACCACAGAUUCAUCCCCUGCUGAUGCUAAUGAAAGUUUCUGA